AACGUAUUGGUUUAUUUAUAAUUUAUUAAGCACGCGGCACAAACUAUUGUAAAGAGGUAUUUUAAGGGUAUAACCAAUAAUGACUCAUUUAGAAGCAUUUAAGCUUCAUUCCAAUGUUCCGUCCGAGUAUAAUGACAUUAUUCAUGAUACUUUGUACAAGAUGCAAGAGCAUGUUGAAGGUAGAGGUUCAAGGUAUCAAUGGAGUUUAGAUGAUUUUGAAAUUGGUUCCCCAUUAGGUCGUGGUAAGUUUGGCCGUGUUUAUUUGGCUAGAGAGAAAAGUACACAUUAUAUGGUUGCUUUGAAGACCUUGUACAAAGUUGAAUUAAUGAAGGGUCGUGUGGAGAAGCAAGUUAUGCGUGAAAUUGAAAUUCAAACACAUUUAAGGCAUCCUCAUAUUCUUCAAAUGUUGACUUACUUUCAUGACCAUAAACGCAUUUAUCUUGCACUAGAAUUUGCAGCUAGAGGAGAACUAUACAAAGAACUGAAACGUCAACCUAAUGAAAGAUUCAAUGAACAUUUAUCUGCAAAAUAUAGUUAUCAAGUUGCAGAUGCUUUGGAAUACUGCCAUAAGAACAAUGUGAUUCACAGAGAUAUAAAACCAGAAAAUUUGUUGCUCACAUACGACGGUGACAUAAAAUUAGCAGACUUUGGAUGGUCUGUUCAUGCUCCAUCAUCUAAGAGAAACACAUUAUGUGGAACAUUGGAUUAUUUACCACCAGAAAUGGUAACAGGACAAACGUACGACAUAUAUGUUGAUCACUGGUGUUUGGGUAUUCUCUGCUAUGAAUUUCUAGUUGGUAGACCACCUUUUCUUAGUGAUUCCCAACAGGAAACUUAUGUUAAAAUAAAGACAUUAAAUAUACAGUGGCCGGUACAAGUUACGCCUGGUGCUAAAGAUCUAAUAUCAAAGUUAAUCAAACGGAAAAGCACGGAAAGAAUUUCUAUGGCUGCUGUUAAAAAACAUUUUUGGAUUCUAAAAUAUAAGGAUGCACAUUGAUGU